GCUCUAUGGCUCUUCUUGAUUGAUACUGACCACUCAGUGACUCGUUCUCACAAAAUUAAUGAUCGGGACCACCCAGCCGAUGGCAUUAUGGCUCCACCCCAUGAGCAACUUCCGCGGUAUUUUGGAAAGUCAGGCCCUACUGAUGCCGAUCCACGCAAGACUAAGAAGGAUGGAGGUGGAAAAGGUAAUUGGGGUCGCUCUGGAGAUGAAUCACAGGACUGUGGUUAUACUUUCACCAAUGCCCGGCGUCGUUCGAAUAGCAGCACCCAAGGCCUCACCGAUUUUAGAACGAAAUUUGAGACGGUUGAGCCUGAGCCUGUUUUUGAGGAGCAGCUCCAUGAUACACCUGAUGUGACUGGUGUGAAUGAAAGUGCAGCAACCAAAGUAGAGUCUACCAGCAGCAGCAACGACAGUGAGACAGACCAGGGAGGAAUCAAAUAUUAA